GAACAAAGGGAAGGGACCAAAAGAAAAGGUGUUGGAAGAAACUGUAUUUUGGUUGACUUAUGUAUCUCAUCUCAUCUUCCACUCUUCAUACAUCCGCUCCUUCCCAAAAUAGAAAUUAAAAACGAAAAUGGAUAUUUUCAUCUGCACAGUUAUAAUUUCUUGCGCUUCCACAGCAGCACUUGUCUAUGGGUAGAGAAUCUUGAAUUGGUUAUGGUUUAGGCCAAGAUACGUGGAGAAACGCCUCCGGCAGAUUCUUCUAUGGCGAUUUGAAAGAAUCAAGCGUGACGAGGAAGGAAGCCAGGUCUAAGCCCAUGAUUUUCUCCCACGAUAUUGUGCCUAGAGUUAUCCCUAGCUUCCACAAAGCUCUCACAAAAUAUGGCGAGAAAUGCUUUGCGUGGUUUGGGCCAACGCCUGCAGUUCUAAUCUUGGAUCCCGAGAUUAUAAGGGAGAUUAUGUCGAAAAAUUAUGUUUUCCAAAAGCCUUGGGGCAACCCUUUUACUAGACUGCUUGCCGGAGGACUAGCAUCGCUCGAGACAGAUAAAUGGGCCAAGCACAGAAAACUCAUCAACCCCGCCUUCCACGCCGAGAAGCUCAAGCAUAUGGUUCCUGCAUUCCAGUUGAGCUGUGGUGAAAUGUUGAGCAAAUGGGAUGAGAUUGUAGGAAACAAAGGAUGUUGUGAAGUGGACGUGUGGCCUUAUCUUGAGAGCAUGACAGGCGACGUGAUUUCGAGAACUGCAUUUGGCAGUUGCUAUGAACAAGGGAGGAAGAUAUUCGAGCUUCAGAGAGAGCAAGCCAAGCACAUUAUGGAAGCCAAUCGCACGGUUCACAUCCCCGGAUAUAGGUUUCUGCCGACGAGAUUUAACAGGAGGAUGAAAGAAGGUAAGAGUGAAAUAGAAUCAAUAUUGAAUGGUAUGAUCAAGAAAAGAGUAAAAGCAAUGGAAGAAGCAAACAACAAGAAUGACUUGUUGGGAAUACUAUUGGAUUCCAAUUUCAAAGAAGAGUCUGGAAUGAGCAUCAAGGAAGUGAUUGAGGAGUGCAAACUGUUCUACUUCGCAGGGCAGGAGACGACGGCCUCCUUGCUUGUUUGGACAAUGAUUCUGUUGAGCAAGCACAACGAGUGGCAGGCACGUGCCAGAGACGAGGUUCUGCAAGUUUUUCCGAUGGACAAUCCUGGUUAUCAAGAACUAAACCACCUCAAAAUUGGAGCUUAUAAGCUCGGCCAAACACGUCUAACUCGUGCGGUUAAGCAGGUGAGCAUGAUCUUGCACGAGGCUCUGAGACUAUAUCCGCCGGCGGCCCUUCUUGCUCGGACUAGUCAAAAGGAAUGUAGGUUCGGAGAGGUGAGUCUGCCGGCGGGAGUCAUGCUUGUGUUGCCCGCGAUUCUAUUGCAUCGUGACCCCAAAAUAUGGGGCCACGAUGCGAAGGAAUUCAAACCGGAGAGGUUCGUGUCGAGGGCGGGGCAGGGGCAGCUCGCCUACUUCCCCUUCGGGUGGGGGCCGAGGAUGUGCAUCGGCCAAAACUUUGCUAUGUUGGAAGCUAAAAUGGCGAUGGCUAUGAUUCUGCGGCGGUAUUCGUUUGAGCUUUCGCCGUCGUAUUCGCAUGCUCCUAACACAGUCAUCACUCUCCAGCCUCAACAUGGCGCUCACUUGAUCCUUACAAAACUGUAAUGUCGAUUGAUUUGAACUAGGAUUUCAAAACACAUCGUGUGCUUCCAAGUUCUAAUAUGUCGAAUUUCAUAUGUAUCCUUAAAAUUAAGUAUAUAAUAGGCGAUCUAUAUUUUGUGCUCAA